AUGGUGCCCUUUGCUGCUUACAGUAUGCCCGUGCAAUAUCCUGCUGGCCUGCUGGCCGAGCACCUACACACCCGCAGCAGCGCGAGCUUGUUUGAUGUUUCGCAUAUGGGCCAAAUAGCGGUGAGCGGGGAAGGGGCGGCUCAAGCACUCGAGGCCCUGAUGCCCAUAGACGUACAAAGUCUGCUGCCAGGCAAACAGCGCUAUGGGCUGCUGCUGGGCGAUGCCGGUGGCAUUUUGGACGAUUUGAUGUUGACACGUCGCGAUAGUGAUUACUUACUUAUCGUCAAUGGUGCGUGCAAAGCGACUGAUCUGACUCACAUCCAACAGCAAAUAGGUGCCAACUGCACGAUCGAUUACUUGGCCGAACAAGCCCUUUUAGCCCUGCAAGGCCCGCAAGCGGUCACUGCCUUACAGCGCCUGGUGCCUGGCAUCGAGAAGUUGGUUUUUAUGACCGGUGGCGUUUAUACCUGGCAAGCAACGUCCCUUUUUAUCACCCGAAGCGGCUAUACAGGGGAAGAUGGUUUUGAGAUUUCAGUACCGGCUGCGCAAGCUGCGGAUUUGGCGCAGGCGCUAUUGGCGCAAGCUGAGGUGAAGCCCGCAGGUUUGGGCGCACGCAAUUCUUUACGCCUGGAAGCGGGUUUAUGCCUUUACGGCAGCGAUAUGGACAGUCGCACCACACCUGCGGAGGCGGCACUCACCUGGGCCAUCCCUAAAGUGCGUCGUACAGGGGGGGCUCGCGCGGGUGGCUUUUUGGGGGCCGAUAUCGUGUUGCCACAGCUGGAUGGCAGCAAACCCUGCUCCCUUGUGCGCGUGGGCCUGGUUGCACAAGCGCGCAUACCCGUGCGCGAGCCUGCCACUCUACAAACAGAAGGAGGCGAGCCCCUGGGCCACAUCACCAGCGGUUUGCUCAGCCCUUGCCUGGAUCAAGCCAUCGCCCUAGGCUAUGUGCCGCCCGCCUAUGCAGCAGCAGGCACCCUGGUUUACGCCUUGGUACGCGAGGCUGAUCCCCGUAUAUCUACUUUUGAAAGGAAUCUAAACAUGGCUUUCCACUACACCGCCGAUCACGAAUGGCUGCUGAUAGAAGGCGAUACUGCUACCGUAGGCAUUACCCACCACGCGCAAGACGCUUUGGGUGAUGUGGUUUUUGUAGAGUUGCCCGAUGUGGGAAAAGUCUUUGAAAUCAAAGAGGUGGCUGCCGUGGUCGAGUCGGUUAAAGCGGCGGCCGAUGUCUAUAUGCCGCUUAGCGGUGAAAUUGUGGAGGUCAACAGUGCCUUGGCCGCUGAUCCCUCCUUGGCGAACACCGAUCCGCAAGGCAAAGGCUGGUUCUUCAGGGUCAAACUGGCGAACACAACAGAGCUGGCCGGCCUAUUGGAUGAAGCCGCCUAUAAAACCUUACUUGCCCAAAGAAUCAUUUUU